AUGCAAGACAAAAUGGCGGCGCCGAAGGUUACAGAUACGAGAACAGAAUUAGCCGAACUAAUCAAGAAAAGGGCAGAGAUCGCUGAAAGCCUAGCCAAUCUAGAGCGCCAGAUAUAUGCAUUUGAAGGAAGUUAUUUAGAAGACACACAGCUGUAUGGGAACAUAAUCAGGGGAUGGGACAGACUUUUGACUAAUAAAACAACCAAUACAAAAGUUGAAAGAAGAAACAGAAAAUUUAAAGAUGCUGAACGGCUCUUCUCCAAAUCAUCCAUAACAUCUCAUGCAGCCAUAGCAGCUGGUGGUGGCCUUGCUGAACCACUCCCUGAAAAAAAGGAACCAUCUUCCCAUUCAGACCAAAUUCAUCAUCAGCACAGUCACAUUGGACGUGUCCACAAAGGCUCCCACAAAAAGAGAAAGCACAAAAGACACAGGAUUGAGUUAAGAGUGAAAAAAGCUGGCCAUAGGUCAAGAGAACCAAGCUUUGGAGAGGAUGAACAUGAAGAUUAAAAGAUCCUCCACAAUUAUUUGUGCAUCAGAAUGAAAUUUUUUGGCAAGAAAUUUUCUUGCAUGUGAGAAAGAUGUUGUAGAGGAGAGAAUAUAGGCAUCUGUGAUAGGAGAAAUUAUGAAAGAUGGAGAACAUGUCACUGAAGCCAAAUGCAGUGUUUAAAUUUUUCCUUUUUUACUAUGCUGACUGAUAUACAUUCAUAUGUUACAUAGAUUUUUUCCUAACGGUAUAACUUACUAAUUAGUAUCAUGAGAUGAAAAUACCCCCAUUAAGAUUUUGUUUUUAGAAACAAAUAAGUAAACAAAUUCUUCAAUUUAGUGUUACUAGUGUUAUUACUGUCUAUCCUCUAGCUACAGAAAGAGUAAGACUGGUUACUUUACCUCAUUAUAUUUCGCAUAUCUUUAGAUUUCGAUUUCCUCAUAUGUUUUGAGAAUCUGUUUUUUUUCUAGCCUCGCUAAAUGGCAAAAUAUUAGUAUACACAUUUCUUUAUCAUAUCUUUUCAACUGUAUCAUAUUGCAACAUUGUAUAUAAGUGUAAGUCUUUUGAUCAUAAAGAGUAAUUAUUCCAGCUGUUUCUUUCAGUUUCAGUGGCGUUUGAUUUAAGUUAAUAGUCAUAGUGCUUGCAUAAUAUAUAUAUAACAGA